CGAACAGGGGGCGUUACACUUGGACAUAACGUUUGUGGAGGUGUGGCUACGUUGUAGUUUGUUGUCAGCGGUAGCCAAGCAGGAUUAUAAAACUAUUGAAUAAGAUUACGAAGUUGUUCUAUUACAGUCUCUUAUCGUUAAAAAAAAAACCCGUAAAGAUGUAGGUAACCAGACCAACGAACUACUUAUAUUAGCAUACAGUCUUCAGACGUCCCCACAGGAACGUGCCAAAGAUUCAGGGUUAACGCCCACCUUCCGCCGCGCUCCUUAUCUCGCAAUUGGACGACGGGGAUUCAGAUGCCUGACGCAAAACACCGCCCAGUCCCCGGAGAUUGGAACGGCUGAAAACUACGAAUAUAUUCUGAAAAAAGUUUUGAGAACGAGUCUGUGACAAAUACGGGAUGACAGCGCCACACCUUUUCCAGACGGAGAAACAGACGGCACUGAACUAAGGGCUGCGCGUGGGAAAAUUGGAGACGAACGUCAAAGGGGACACAGACGUGCGCGAGACGAGAGUGAAGUUGGGGAUACGCCACGCGCUAAUUUACUGUGAAGGUGUGCAGGAAUCACAAAAAAGCAUUAUUCUGCUUCGGGAGGAGAAAAAAAAUGAAUGAACUUGUAUCCCGCGACAGGACAGUCUGACCUGCGCUGUUCCGCCUGGAUAUUGAAGCGGCUAAUGUUUCUUGCGCGCGCCACCAGGUCACUGUUCCAACGUUCGCGAUGACGUCACGGGAGUUGCUCCACAGAACAGCUCGGCGGUCGACGGCGGUGUCCUGCCUCGGGGCGCCCUCUGCUGUCUGAAGCCGAGAAGCGCGGGCUUAGACGUACGCGCGCGAUCGCGAUGGCGGCGGCGGCGCCGGUGGUGGAGGACGGGAUGAACGCGGAGAUCGUGGCGCACUACAACCACACGGGGAAGUGGGAGCGCCGCUCGGCGUCGGACGACCCGUGCAAGACGGCGGCGCUGGUGCUGAUCUGCGCGCUGAUCGUGCUGGAGAACGCCACGGUGCUGCUGGCGCUGUGGCGCAACAAGCGCUUCCACGGGCGCAUGUACCUGCUGAUCGGCAACCUGGCGCUGUCCGACCUGCUGGCGGGCGUGGCCUACCUGGUCAACAACUUCACCUCGGGCCGGCGGACGUUCUUCCUGACGCCGGCACAGUGGCUGGCGCGAGAGGGCAGCAUGUUCGUGGCGCUGAGCGCGUCCACCUUCAGCCUGCUGGCCAUCGGCGUGGAGCGCCACCUCACCAUGGUGCGGCUGCGGCCCUGCGAGCCGCCGGGGCGGGGGGGCCGGCUGCUGGGCAUGCUGGGGGCGUGCUGGGCGGUGUCGGUGCUCCUCGGCGCCCUGCCCAGCCUGGGCUGGAACUGCAGGAGCCGCCUGGACGGCUGCUCCACCGUGCUGCCGCUCUACGCCAAGAGCUACGUGGCGUUCUGCGUGAGCGUGUUCACGGCGCUGCUGGCCGCCGUGGUGGCGCUCUACACGCGCAUCUACCGCCUGGUGACCUCCAGGGGGCGGCGGGUGAGCGGGCGGCCGUCGGAGCGUUCGCUGGCGCUGCUGCGCACCGUGGCCAUCGUGCUGGGCGUGUUCGUGGCGUGCUGGGCGCCGCUCUUCUUCCUGCUGCUGCUGGACGUGGGCUGCGAGGCGAGCCGGUGCCCCGUGCUGUACCGCGCCGACUGGUUCAUCGCCCUGGCCGUGCUCAACUCCGCCCUCAACCCGCUCAUCUACACGCUCACCAGCCGGGACAUGCGGGGGGCCUUCAUCCGGCUGCUGUGCUGCUGCUGGAGGACCCCGCCCGACCCAGGGUCCCCCGACCCGAACGCGGGGCUCCCCAGCCGCCUGGUCGCCGCCGCCGCCACGGUCGACAACAGCCAGUCCAGCAGCGGCGGCGGGGGGAGCGGCGGGGUGGGCGGGGCCAGGAGCGCGCAGUCCGCGAAGGGAGGGAGAGCGCAGUCGCCCUUGAGCGUCAAUCAUAACCACCACCCUGACCCCGCCUCCUCCCCCCCCGGCCCCGCCCACCUGCUGUCUGCGGUCCUGGGCAAGGCUGAGGCUCUGACCUCCCUGGGGAAGUUCUGAAGGUUAAGGUCGAGGGCGGCGGAGAACUCCCAACUGCACACAUCGUGGCCCCCGGAAUAUUCCACCGGCCAGAAUUCGGAGGUGGAAGGGGAGGAGGUGGUCGCGCGUAUGCAUUCAUGGUACGGUCCAGAUUCAGAGCGAGAUCCACUUUUGACGGUCUGACAUCUUGACGGUCUGACGUUGCCUGUCUGGGCACUCGGGAGGCCACUUGCAAGGGUCCGGCCUGCAGCUGGAACACCACGGAAUCUGGUCCGCAGUCUGCGAUGAUGUCACAGUGAAGAACAGAGCCACUGUUCUGUGACAUCGUUCGGAAUUAUCGAUGACAUUCUUUUCACAGACCACAAGUGGUCAUUCUUUCACGCUGUUUCGUGCAGAAAGCAACGUAUCGUCAAGUGUAUCGAAAUAACGAAAUAUACGUUUUUGCUUAUUCAUAGAUAUUUAACAGCGAGAGAAAUCUUUGUUUCAAUUGGGAGAGAAUAAUUGUCAACACUGUAAAAUAGGGAGUGAUAUUAAGGUUUUUUUUUUGCAAACACGAACUCUUUCAUAAACAUAUGAACUGUUGUUUCAUAUAUGAGUAAAAGUUUGAUAUAUUUGAAUUUUUAUAACCUUGCGUUGCGUUUGCCAAAAUGUCACGGUUAUUUUUGUCGGGCAGCUCCAAGGACGCCCCCCCCCCCCCCGUAACUGCCUGAUAGUGUUGUCGCGAGCAUUGCAUAUUAUGAUUUUAUUAUUUGCCGCCUGUACUGCAGGAGAUGUAAAGCAGAUAUCGUUGCCUGACUGGUUUAUCUCCUCCCCUCCCCUAGUUCCCCGGUACUUCACAACUGCACACCAACACGUGGUGUGUGUUCGUGUUCGAGUUCGACCUGAUCUCCAUUACACUGUGGGAAGGGAAGGGAAGGGGGCGGGGGGGGAGAACUUGAUUUGCCUUCUGUGUGUUUUUGGCUACUGAAAACAGACAAGAGACCUGCACUUUGUAAUCAAAACCAAGCUGAACAGCGCCCCUGAGUCCGUUAUGACUGUAAAGCAGUGCCUGGGUAUCUCUUGGGUCCAAUUCACGCCCCAGGAAUCUGUGGAAUAGUUUGGAUUGGAACGCAAUCCUCCCCAUCAGUCCCUCUACCUUGUAUUUUUAUAGCCCCCCCCCCCCUUAUUACUCCAACGAAUUCACAGAAAAUUGCUAUUCAUUUUACGCCCGAUUCAUGACUCAGUCAGGAUUUGAAUGGUACAAAAGGGGUUUUAUAGUUUGACGUAUAACCAGACAAACACAGGUCUCUGUGUACUACGCUUUUAUACAUUUUAUAUUGCGUUCUAUUUCAUUUUGGAGGUGUUGAGCAGCAGAUCGCAAGGGUGCGAAGAGCGUCCCUUGGGUAUUCGUUUGUUAUUCAACACUAAAUAAAAUCUAAAGUUUUAAAACCUUACAAAGCGUCUGAAAAAUAAACAGAUAAAAGAU